AUGAGAGGACGAAGAUAUGCUUUGGAUAUUGGAGGUAAAGACAAAAGCAAGUCUGAGAGUGCUUUGCACAAGGCAUUUACUGAGGGACGAUUGAGAAUAGUUGUUGAAACAACGCAGGAUAGAUGUGUGGAUGCUAUGAUUCUUUUUAAAGCCAAAAAUCUUUUUGGAAGGCAAUUGUCUAAGAUGCCGGGCGAGUACAUAUUGAGGCAAGUUUUUGAUCCAAAACAUGCAUGUAUGAUGUUUGUUGAUGAGAAGGAUAAUGUAGUUGCAGGGAUAUGCUAUAGGCCGUUUUUUGAGAGAAGUUUUGUAGAGAUAGUGUUUCUUGCUGUUGAUUAUGAGUUCCAGGUGAAAGGAGUUGGAGGGUUUCUGAUGGAUGUAUUCAAGGAAAUGAUCAAGAUGGAUAUUAAGAGCUAUGAAAAUGAUUACAUGAAUGAUGUGAUGGCGAUGUGCAGGAUUUGCAGGAAAGAAGUGAAGUAUCUUGAUAUGUUUGAGAAUGAACCUGAUCGCAGUGGAAGACAAAGUUUGUAUUUGAUUGCAUAUGCAGAUGUUUUUGCAGUAGGGUUUUUUAAGAAGCAGGGUUUUUGUGAAGAUGGAGUGUUUGAUAAGUGGAUUGGAUAUAUCAAGGAUUAUGAUGGAGGAACUAUUGUUGAAUGCAAAGUGUUUUGGGAGAUCAAUUACCUGAGGAAAGAUGAGGUGAUUGAGCUUAUGAGAAGGAGAGUUGAUGAGGAGAUGAGGAAUGUCAAUGGGUAUUCUGAGAUGCAUAGAAUUGAGGAUUAUUCUAAGGUGAAGAGUGUAAGAGAUAUACCAGGUAUCAAUAAAGGAUUAGACAAUAUGAAAUGUAUAUCAAAGAUUGAUUCUGGAGUAAAUGAUAUGAAAGGUAUACCAGAUAUAAAUGAAGGAGAAGAAAGAGCAGGAGAUAAGGAUAAAAUAAGUGAAGAAUCUGAAGCAAAAACAACUAUGAGGAUGUUUAUUAUGUAUAUGAUAUGUGAUUUGAAGAUGAAUGCAUGUGCCUGGCCUUUUCUUAAGCCAGUGAGUGCAAAUGAUGUGCCUAAUUACUAUAAGUAUAUAAAGAAGCCGAUGGACAUAUCUAAAAUGGCUAAAAAGGUUGAAGAUGGGAUUUACAAGAGUGUAAGGGAGUUUGAAGAGGAUGUAAGGCAGAUGAUAACUAACUGUUUGAGCUACAAUGGAAAGGACACUCAGUAUUAUAAGUGUGGACAGGUGCUUCUAAAGCACUUUGAAAUGAGAAUGGAAACAUACAAGCAUGUGGUUGAUAAGAUUGGAUGA